AUGGCGUCUCACAUUCCCAACAAUACAACCGCUGCUACCAUCAGGGCUGACCUUGACGACAAUGACACUUCCAUUGCCGGACAGACACGUUCGCGCAAAAAAAUGUACAAGAACUGCGAUCGCUGCCGUCAAGCAAAGCGCGCCUGCUCAGCACAAUACGAAAGCAUCGCACAGGCGCUUGCCAGCAAAGUCGCUUGUAACAACUGCAAGAAGAAAGGCCAGGUCUGCACUUUUAACAGCCUUAUCCGAUCCUUCGGCGGAAUCCCUCUUGGCGGUCUCACCGGUGUUGCCUUUGCAGAGAGCCUGCAAGAGGCUACAAACGCUGCUCAGCCCGAGCAAGCCGAAUCCGUAGCAUCGACAACUCAGGACAAGUCCAUGCCAGAUGCCGAUUCCAGCUCGGUUUCCAGCGAAGCAAGAAGAGACAGCCCUCAUGACCCUAUCCCACCCGAUCAACCUCUCCAGCCUCAAGCCUCUGCCAUCAGCAAUGUCAAUGCCGCUUUCAAGGUACUCAACCGCACUUAUGCCGAUGCUCAGCACCGCAACCAUGACAAUGACGAUGACGAUGACAAACAGCAGUAUACCAGGGACAACAAACGAAGAAAAUACUCUUCAGCCCAAGAUAGCCACUCUACUUUUGCAAGCUUUGCCGAUUUCGAGCAACAGACCAACACCGCCCUAGUUUUAAGCCGAGCGCAGUCGCCCUUGGCUUUUGAAAACGACGACAACGUCUUUGCAUCCUCUUCGCAAGCCGGCCCUUCGCUCUUCGACAUACUCGGCUUUGACAUCUGGGGCACCGCGCCCAACGUGCGGCUCGCGCACAAUGCAGAUCGCAUGCAUCUCAACUCAGACCUGCUCAAUGUUUACGAAGGUGCUGCCGAAUCUGCCUUCCGCGUCUGGGUCACCGACGCGACCACCCCAUACUUGCUCUGUGCCGACUCGUUAAAUUCCUCCUCGGCGGCUAUGGCGCUCAACAAAAAGGUUUGCUUGCUGGACCAUGCCUCGAGACGUAUCUUCAAGACUGACAAUGCUGCGCGCAACGUUGAGAAACGCGUCUCGGACGCGUAUCAUGCUGUCUUGCUUGCCUAUGCUGCCCAGUGGCCGCGUCAUCGUACCAGUCAGACCAGCUCGACGCGCGCAGACUGGAGGCCUGACGAGGCACGCAUCCGUCUCUCGCUUUGGAAGCAAGCCAGGGACAAGCUUAUGGACGCCGCUGACGCUUGGUCCUUCCGAAUCAUUUUUGCGCUCAUCCUCUUUGCUUGGACCGAGAAGCCGCGCGAAAUGCCGGACAGCGAAGCAUGGGACAGAGGCCAACAUGAGCUACCCGCCCAGCUGCACAUCCCUUCGCUCGACGAGAAUAGCGCGCUUGACUCUUCCUCCUGGCAGAUCCCGGCCGAAGCAAGUACCAUGAUGCUUGCAACUGCGAUGCGCAAACUCAAAGCCUUUCGACUUAAGAUUCAGCAACUCCGUCGCAAGGGAAUCGAUCUCUGGUCCACUGAAGAGCCCGGCCUCGAACCCAACCAGGUAGCCCACCGACAGGCAGAGGCGACACUCCUCGAAAACACCUACCACAACCUGUAUUGGUUCGGCUGCAUGAUGGACACAGAACUCUCCGUGUUGCGCAAGUACGAUGCCGUGAUUGGUGACGAAGAUGCCGAUCUCACCGACCAAGUCUUAUCGCCGCAUCACGCCAAUAGUCUGCAUCACGAGACCGUAAGUUUUUCAGCCACUUCCAACUCUGGCGCUACCACGGCCAACAAGCCCCUUCGCAAGAUAUGGGACGAGGUGAUUCCAGCCAACAGCCAAAAGAACCGCAACACUUUCGCCAAGAGUUGGCCAUGCAGCGAGGAAGAUGCAAAACGCACGCUGGUCUACGCAACACCGAUUAAAGUGUUGCUCUUCCGCCAUGUGGGUCGCCUGCAGUCAAGCUACUGGCGCCAGGCUCCGAGCGAGCAAAUCGAACGGCAGAUUGCACACGUCCUCUCUGUAAUCCGACAUUGGGAUGAGACGUUUGCUCCUUUCUUUGCCAGCUGCGUUGCUCACCAUGCUCAGCUUCCGCCCUCGAUUCGAUCUUGGCACGUCAUCACUGCUACCAAGUGGAAUCUCGCCGCCAUCUUGCUUGUCGAGCUGGUGCAAACCAUGGAUCGUUCUGCGUCAAACCCAUUCGACAAUACAGAUGAGUUUUUCGCCGAGCUCCGUUCCAAAGUGUGCAACCAGACCGCAGCGCUCAUCCACGCUAUCCAGCAUUCGAGCCCUGCCGGCAGUACGCCCGAUACCAACAAGUCCGAGCCUUCGUUCGACUUUAUCGAAUCGACCGGAAGUACCAUCCUGCACAGCGAUCCGUGGCCUGAGAUUUCGGUCCAUGGCUUUGCAUGCGUCGCCAAGUCCGAGAUUAAAAACUUUACCAAGUUGGUCGAGCAAGGCAAGUGGGACGAAGUGAGGUGUUCCGAACAUCGAGUGGAGAAAUGCAUCUGGGCGCUGGAACAGCUGAGCAACCGCAGCGGCAUGGCGGUUGAUGCCAGUAUCGAGGUGCGCAAGCUUUUGGAACUGCAUUCGCCCUUGAGGAAGCAGCAGCAGCAGUCGCAACACCAAGACAAGAGGGAUGGUGACAUGGACAUGUUGACCGAUGACGUCUGGCAGUCGUGUCUCAAAAUUCUGAGCGAAGGUGGCGGAAGCAAUGAUGCAUCCUCCUCCUCACUCGAUACACCAGAACUUGCCAGCCCGUUUGGCAAUUGCGUCUGGCGAGAUGUGCCGCUCUCAUCGGUUGUUGAGCCCGGUCAAAUGCAUUCGCAACGCAUGGACGACAAUUUUCUUGAUACAUUAGCCGCCGCAAACGCUGAGACGCUUACCGACGGAGCUUCUUCGCGCGCCUCUUCCUACCGCUCCCUCUCGCCCCCGCUCACCACCGCCACCACGGUAUCCUUGGACUACAACAGCUCGCUACCCACCUCGAUAUCCACCACCACCGUGGACACGACCGCGUCCAUGGCACUGCUACCAUCGCAGCCGCCAGUGACGCCGUUCAAACAAGACCAUUCCGAAGAAUUUGAUGAAUUCGCCCUACACUCUUUCAGCUUCGACAGCCAUCAGUUACGCGUUUAG